UUUUUUAACUCCAGGAGGUGAUUCAAUAUUAAGUGAUGUUGUGUUACCUAAAACAAAUGACUAUCAGUAUACUGAUAGUGUCAAUGUAUCUGCAACAAUAAGUAUCCCGCGUAAUCAAACCGAGAAUAGAGAGAAUCUGGCCAGGGACGAAUAUAUCAAGCAAGAAGCUGAUGAUUUUAAUAAUCAACAACAGGAACAAAUUCCAACUCCAAUAUUUCUAGAAAAUAUACCAGAUAUUUCAAACGGUAUAGAGAGUCUAUCAAAUGCGUUGGAAAGGAUAACUAAUGGAGGACAACAAUUCCAUCUACAGAACUCUGGAAUAUUUAACAAUUUUGUCCUUUCGAGUAUGGACAUUGAUAGUCCAAAAUUAUCUGGUACAGAUUUAGAAAGACAAUCACAGACAAUUAAAAAAGGUGAAAUAUCAGAUGUUGAUAUUGAAUUAGAUCCGAGUAAGGAUACUGAGGAAAGGUUCUUGGGUAAUUAUUCAGAGGAUUUGGCUAGAAUUGAAGCUUAUAUGCCCACUAGGCUGCCGAACUAUGUAGGAGACUUACUUUCUCCUUCGAUAAUGACACAUAAGUGGAUUCAGUCUUCUUCAAAUAGAUUGGAAGAUCUUGAUGACGAUGAAUUAGAUGAGCCAUUGGAUAGUGAAAUUGCUACUAUUAACACGCUACCUUAUGACCAUGCCCAGCCUCAUAUUAUAACUCCUGAAGAGCUUUUCACAUCAAUUCCUCCUAUGAUAACUCCGUUUCCAGAGAUACUACUACAAGUUCCAUUCUAUAGGAAUUUAAUGCAUUUUUGGGUCCAUGUAGCAUCCGAACAUUUAGUUCCCGCUCCAGCUCAUGUAUAUACCGACAACCCGUUUAAGGUUCUUUUACCUCAGAUGGCAAUGCAUUACCCAUCAAUAUUGACAACCUUACUUGCCUUUUCGGCUAAACUAAGAUCAAAUUUGAUUAGUUCAAACGAUACACCCUCCAUUGUUACUGAUCAAUUAUUAGCUCGUUCUUGUACCGAGCUUUUAAGACUUUUAAAAGACAGCAAAAGUGCCACUUCAAAUGAAACCUUAGCAACUGUAUUGUUAUUAUCAUGUUAUGAGGUAUUCCAUUCCAAAGACUUUAACAGACAUAGAGCUCAUACAAUUGGUGCUAGACAGAUUAUUUUAGCCAGAAAUUCAAAGAGCCGUCGCAAUUCCAACGAGAGCAACAGAAUAGAUGAAAAUCAGCAUCACUCAAAUUCAGGUACUGAAAGUGAUAUAGCUUUCUUUCUAAUGAGAUGGUUUGUAUAUGUGGAUGUGAUAGGAGCAUUAUCUGCAACACGAAAUUCUCAUAAUUAUUUAUCAUUUAAGGAUGAUUUAAAUGCCUAUGUUCCUGCAGAGUCUGUAGCAACGAUUAACGAAAUAGAAAGAUUAGAACAAAGUGUUAUGAAUCCUAAACGAGACAUUGAUCAUUUACUUGGUUUUGAUGUUAAAUUUCUCCCCCAUUUCACAGAGGUGGCGUUAUUGAUUAGAAAAACCAAUGCUUAUAUAGAAGAAUGUGAUGGUAAUCUUACAGAACUACCGAUUGAAAUCAUUACGCAAGCUUUGGAAUGCAAGGAAAAGCUCACCAAAGCUUACGAAUUAGGUGAAAAGAGAAGGCAAAAGAAGUUAGACAAGAUUAUUGAUUAUAAAAUACAAAAGAAGAAGGCUUCGACUAACAGCAACUCUCCUCCAAACUUAUCAAACUUGAUUGAACAAGAUAAUAUUUUAAGAUGUACGAAUAAGAGUUUCUGUGAUAUGGGUAUAUUGAACCUAUAUAGAAGAGCUUUAAAGAUACCCAGAGAGUCACAGAUCAUUCAAGAUUUAGCCAAUGGGAUUGGGCUCAUAGCCAGAGAAAAUUUAGAAUCACAAUCACCUGCUGAUAUUUGUACUAUCUUCUGUUCCUUUUCAGCUGGUUGCGAAACCCUUGAUCAAGAUAUGAGAGAGUUCUUCAGACAAAGGUUUACCAAAUUGAUUGAAAUGGGUAAUGUAAAUGCUCUUAAGAGUUUACAAAUCAUGACAAGGUGUUGGGAAACAGGAGAAGAUUGGAUAGUAGCUUCUAGAAUUUUAGAUAUUGAUAUAGCUCUAUUGUAAAUAUAAGAAUAUUUUUUGUAGUUAUGUUUGCGGUGCUACCAUUUAUAUUGUAUUUUCCCAAUUUUUAUUUGCAGCAAAAUAUUUAAAAAUUGUACAAAUUAUUAAACAACAAGAGGUUCUAAACAUUAAUUUGUUAUGGUAAAUAAUUACGGUGUGUCAGUUUGGUAUUCUUAAUAGCAAUUAUAUGAACUGUUUUGUAGUAUUAACACAACCUAUCAUGAGAGAUUUUCUGUCUAUCAUCAUAAGAAGAAUUCAUCAGAGACAUAACAUUGCCAACCUAUUAAUUCACAUUCACUUUAAUGUCUUC